AAGCCCUCCACCCCUCUGUUGGCCUAGCUCUCCAAGCUGAUUAUCUGGGCUGCUCCUGACAUUUGCCCAUCUUUCGGGACCUCUCUGGAGCAGCCAUGAAGUCUUUGGUCCUGCUCCUUUGUUUUGCUCAGCUCUGGGGCUGUCAAUCAGCUCCACAAGGUACAGGGCUGGGUUUUCGAGAAUUGGCUUGCGAUGACCCAGAAACAGAGCAAGUAGCUUUGAUUGCUGUGGACUACCUCAAUAAACAUCUUCUUCACGGAUUCAGUCAGGUCUUGAAUCAGAUUGACAAAGUCAAGGUGUGGUCUCGGCGGCCCUUUGGAGAGGUGUAUGAGAUGGAAGUUGACACACUGGAGACCACCUGCCAUGCUCUGGACCCAACCCCCCUGGCAAACUGUUCUGUGAGGCAGCCAGAGGAGCAUGCGGUGGAAGGAGACUGUGACUUCCACAUCCUGAAACAAGAUGGCCAGUUCACUGUGAUGCAUGCUCAGUGUCAUUCUACGCCAGACUCUGCAGAGGACGUGCGUAAGUUUUGCCCCCGGUGCCCAAUCCUGGUCCGGUUCAAUGACACCAAUGUGGUCCACACCGUCAACACUGCCCUGGCUGCCUUCAAUGCAAAGAAUAAUGGAACUUAUUUUAAACUGGUGGAGAUUUCCCGGGCUCAAAGUGUGCCUAUCCCAGUGUCUACUCUCGUGGAAUUUUUAAUAGCUGCCACUGACUGUACUGCUCAAGAGGUCACAGAUCCAGCCAAAUGCAACCUGUUGGCAGAAAAGCAAUAUGGCUUCUGCAAGGCAACUCUCAUACACAAUCUUGGUGGGGACGAAGAGGUUUCAGUGGCCUGCAAAUUAUUCCAAACGCAGCCCCAGCCAGCCAAUGCCAACAUAGCAGGUCCUGCACCCACAGUGGACCAAGCUGCGCCUGCGGCCCCACCAGCUGGCCCACCUGCAUCUGUGGUGGGAGGACCCAUGGCAGUCCCUCUAGGACUUCCAGACCACCGAACCCACCAUGACCUACGCCACGCCUUCUCUCCUGUGGCCUCUGUGGAGUCGGCCUCAGGAGAAGUUCUUCACUCACCUAAACCAGGCCAGCCUAGUGAUGCUGGUGCUGCUCAUCCAGCGCCCCCCAUGUGCCCAGGGAGGGUCAGAUACUUCAAGAUCUAGAUUCAACUCAAUGAAGUAAGGUUUUGGCAGACAGAACACAGCCACCACUGAAGCUGGGGGCCUUGUCCACUGACAAAGCAAGUACCAUAUCACAGCUUGAGUUCCAGGUCUCUUCAUUCCUCUGAGAACAGGGCCAGAGAAGUGAUGGCCAAAUUUGAUGAAAGGCAUAAAACCAGCAGCAAUACUGGCACUGGUGGGGUAACAAACUACUGCCAUCAUUUCUCUGCCUUCUCACUGACCUCAUACAAAACAGUUGCAACCGCGACUCUGAAAGGUGCUCUUGCCAGUCUUCGACCUAGUCAGAAAUAAAAGUGCCCAAAGGGAGCUUUCUCAAAUAAGAAGGUUCUGAGCCAAAA